UUAAAAGAAUUUUGUUUAAAAAUGGGGGUAGAGUAGAGUAGAUUCGAUUGGUUAGCAUUAUUGAUUUGUUACUUUUCUAACUUAUUUUUUACGAGUUUUUAGAUAUUCUAUUCUAUUUACCUAUUUGUCGGCCUUACUCAAUUUUACUCGUUUAUUGCAUCAAAUAUUUUUUACGAAUGCGUUGCCAAUUUUGUGAAGUGCUGUGAACAUAAUAUCAGCCAGCCCAACAAAUAGAAGAAUGAAGAAAAGAAAAGAACAAUGGAUAGCAAGGGUUCCCGCAAAUCAAGUCGCCGUACAGCCCUUCCUCGCAGCAGCACCUCACAGCCGUACGCCAGCUGUACUCGGGUAUGCCGUCGCUGGACGCCGCGAAAGACUUCACCGUCGACGGGCUCACCGGCUACAACGGCAAGAAGAAGAAGAAAAAACGCAGACACAGCCGGACCAUCUUCACGUCGUACCAGCUGGACGAGCUGGAGAAGGCGUUCAAGGACGCGCACUACCCCGAUGUAUACGCGCGCGAGAUGCUCUCCCUCAAGACCGACUUGCCCGAGGACAGGAUACAGGUGUGGUUCCAAAACCGGCGAGCGAAAUGGCGCAAGACGGAGAAGUGCUGGGGGCGCUCCACCAUCAUGGCGGAGUACGGGCUCUACGGCGCCAUGGUGCGCCACUCGCUGCCGCUGCCCGAGACCAUCCUCAAGAGCGCCAAGGAGAACGACAGCGUCGCGCCCUGGCUGCUCGGCAUGCACCGCAAGUCGCUGGAGGCGGCGCAGCACCUGAAGGAAUCGGGGUCGGAGCGCGAGGGCUCGGAGGCGGAGCCCGACCGCGCCGCCUCCGCCUCGCCGACCCACCACGACGUGCACGACAACCAGGCGCAAAGCUCUCCUGGCAGCAGUACGACGGCCUCCUCGUCAGCCAAGGGCCGCGCGUCACCCGAGGGCGGCCGCGAGAUGUACGAAGACCCCGAGGCCUUCCGCAACAACAGCAUCGCGUGCUUGCGAGCCAAAGCGCAGGAGCACCAGGCCAGGAUACUGUCUAACAAUUUGCUACUACAGACCUUUAUCGGCUUCCAGGUCCGAGGCCUGACCCGCACGCCGGUGAGCGGCGCCGUGGACGACGACGGGCCCGCCGACAUCGACGUGGGCACGGAGCCGCCGCCGCUGUCGCCGCCGCGCUCGCCGCGCGCGCCGCUGGGGCCCCCGCACGUGCCCCACGGGCCCCACGGGCCCCACGGGCCCCACGGGCCCCACGCGGCCCACGGGCCCCACGCGGCCCACGCGGGCCCGCACCCCGCGCACGCGCACCUGUACUGA